AUGUUCUCCGAGAAGUUUAGUACGGCACUAUUCGACGAAAAAAACGAAACCCAACUCACCACCUCUAACUUCAACCAAGCAUGUUUUCUUAGAGGGAAUCCCAUAGUGGAAAGUUUGGAGAGGUGGUGCCUCAGAAACAGCAGAUGCCCAAAUGGCCCUAAGCCUAUGCUAGCUGUCGUAUAUUUUGACACAGGUGAUGAUGCCCAAGAAUAUCUCCAGAUUAAAGCUGAAGUGGCAGCCAAGGCUGGAAUCGGUUACAUACCUCACAAACUUCUGCCUAGUGCAUCAAUCAAUGAGGUCCUCGAACAGAUUCACAAACUCAACACAGACCACUGCACGCACGGCAUCUUGGUUCAGCGACCUAUACCAGAGCAUCUUUGCCAGGACGAAGUGAUGUACAGCAUCAAAAGAGCGAAGCACAUCGAGGAGUAUGCAGAAAGCAAACGCACCAAUAUUGCUGUCGAUGGAGUAAUGCGCCUGCUUACUGCAUAUCACAAGCUAUGGAUGCUUGACCUCAACAUCAUCAUCCUUGGGGGCACCAACAUAAUUACGCCAGAGUUUCAAGCUGAAAUCAAGCGUCAACACUCGCAUGUCGAGACGCCCUCGAAAUGGGAAGAAACAAAGAUAAAUGGCAAGCACAGUACGGUUCUAAUUACGGAGCUCAACAAAGGGGGAAUUAUCAAGUCAACCAUGCUAGGUCCCAGUGUUAAAUUGGUCAUCGACUUAGGGUUCGACGUCAUCUCGAAAAUAGGUGAUCUGGACCCAAGGGUGCAAUGCAAGGAUUUGAUAGUUGUUCCCACACCAGGAGGCGUAUUACCCAUUGUGCUAUGGCUCAUGAUGGAACGCACGAUAAGGUGUUCAAAGAUUCCUGUUACUUCUGUGCCGACAGAUACGCGGUUUGUUUCUAUAUCACGAUUUAAAUGGGUUUCAGUCUCAAUUUGCUCUGUUUCUUUCCUCGUAUGUUUGUCUAUAUUUAUAUAUGUAUUAAAUUUCCAUUUCUGUCAAUAG